UGCUGGCAAUAAAGGUUAAGACAGCUGUGCUGCUUAAUUCAUAGACCUCUCAGGAGAAACCUGGGAAGAUUUCGAGCCAGCAGACCCUUCUCCAAAGUCAGCAAGUAGGUCCUAACCCUUCCUUGGUGCCCCAGAUCUGUUGGCAGCUAGGAGAGGGCUGAGGCAGCCUGGCUUCAAGGAACAGCUUCUUCUAGAGUCAGAUCAGCCAAGGGUGGUGAGACCCAGACUCCAAAUCAGAAGACAUGAGCAAUCCCCAACCUUUGGAGGAGGAGGCAUAUGACAUGUCAGGUGCCCGCCUAGCCCUGACGCUGUGUGUCACCAAAGCCCGGGAAGGUUCACAGGCAGACCUGGAUGCCCUAGAAAGCAUGUUCCAGCAGCUGAGGUUUGAGAGCACGAUGAAGAAGGACCCCACUGCCCAGCAAUUCUAUGAAGAGCUGGAAAAAUUUCAGCAGGCCAUAGAUGCCCGGGAAGACUUUGUCAGCUGCGCUUUUGUGGUGCUCAUGGCACAUGGGUUAGAAGGUCGCCUCAAAGGAGAAGAUGGCAAGAUGGUGGAUCUGGAGGACCUCUUCCAGGUGCUUAAUAACAAGAAUUGCCGGGGCCUGAGAGCCAGGCCUAAGGUGUACAUCGUGCAGGCCUGUCGAGGAGAACAAAGGGACCCCGGUGAACCAAUAGGUGGAGAAGAUCUUGUGAUGAUCGCAAAAAGCGGUCCUGAAACCAUUCCCACAUACACAGACAUCCUCCAUGUAUACUCCACCGUGGAGGGGUACAUUGCCUAUAGACAUGACCAGGAAGGUUCCUACUUCAUCCAAACCCUUGUUGAUGUGUUCAUGAAUAGAAGAGGACCUAUCCUGGAGCUUCUGACAGAGGUGACCCGGCGGAUGGCAGAAGAGGAGCUGUUCCAGGAAGGGAAGCCGAGGAAAGUGAACCCUGAAAUCUACAGUACCCUUCGGAAACGUCUCUAUCUGCAAUAGAAGUAGAAAGGGUAGGGAGGGGCUCUCUUUCCAGUGCUCUCUCUGUCCCACAGAUAUUUAGAGGCAGCACUCAUCAUUUCUCCAAAAUCUUCUCUUCCAAAAGCUAAACAGCAUCUAGCACCUCUUUCAUCACACCCUUCAUGCAGGUCCUCCUUCAAUCUAUCCCUGUCCUUCUUAGAGCAAGCCAGCUAAAACUGAGCACAAAGCAUGGUGGUAACAUUAACAUCACCUCCCUCAGGCUGGCCUCUCUACCUCUAUUAAUGCAACCUAAGAGGGCAUUCACUUAUCCUACUCUCUGCUCCCAUGCUCAGCUGAAGCCCUCUUCUUUCUGCCAUGAAUCAUGCUCCCACAAAUGUAAGUGAAUAAUACUCAAGAUCUUCCACUGAUAAAUCAAUGCCCACUCACCACCUCCCACCCUAAUCAGAUCUUCACUGGCUCUGGAAUUUCCCCUGAAAUUACAAACUUCUCCUCUGAAAACCAUAUCCAUUCCCAUCUCCCAGUGAUUCCUUCUCAACCUCUGGAAAUUCAGUGAGACAAGAAUUGUUCUCUCUCCAAGAUCCCUCUUCCUUGAUCCACUCUCCUCAUGGGCUUUCUCUCUCUCUGGCUAAUAGAGCUGCUUCCUCCUUUUCUGGUCUCUCCCUUCUAACUAAUGCUGCCAGCCCCCCACAUAAUGCACUAGGUUCUAUCAUUUUGUCCAAAAUAAUCCAUCCAUUCACCCAUUCUCAGAGUUUCAACUUUCAACCACUCUGAAUCAGAGCAUGUUGGAGCUAUUGCAGAUACCCUAGUGUUGCCUUAUUAUCUUUCAGACAAUCUGAUGCAAGUCCAGAGAGGUUAAAAAUAGCUUGUCAAAUACCACACAGUAAGUCAGUGACAUAGUCAAGUUCUGGCUUCCAGUUCAGCCCCCUUUCCACUGCCUGCUAAACCUUGAUCCAUCAAAUUUCUUUUCUAAUUGAAGGAGCUGACUAAUAAAGUUAUUCUUACCUUGGAGGUAGGAGCUCACUGGAAGACUUCUAAAAAUGCUCAAUGACAGGAGUCAAGGCAGGUUACCUCCAUAAGCUGGGCCUAGGUUGGAAGCUGGAUCAGAGAAUUCCAAGUCUAUGGCACAUGUAUAUUUGACCUUUCCCACUGAAAUAACCUGUGGUCAUAUCCUCCAUCAUUGAAAACUCAUUGCUAAAGAUGAGUCAUUUCUUCCUGGUCCAUCUUUCAAGUGUUCCCUGGAGCCCUCAACCUCAAACCUCUGCAGUUAUCUAUGACUCCCAUCUUCCUGCAUUCUUCAGUGGUCACCAGCCACUAUGCCCAGCCCAGGCCCACUUUGAAUUUGUUCUCUUCCCUUACAUGUCACUCUCUAGUUUCAUCCUCUCCUGUCUGCAUCUUUGCACAUUCCCUUCCUUGCCUCUGUGCUUGCCAAUCUCAUCCUUCCUCUGUCCUCCAUACCAUCCACAAUUCUUGAUCUCCCUAGAAUACUCAAGAAGACACAACAGUGCCUCAUUAUAUAGAGAUCAAGGCCAAGCUCCAUAUCUUGAUUACUCACACCCUGACAAUCCCACCCCCUACUAGAAAUCAGCUAAACUCCUCUCCCACCUUCCCCACCAUGAAUUCACUCUUCCAUCAAAACUAAUAUUGUCUCACUGAUCUCUGCCUCUAAGCCUUUGCCAUGACCAUUUCCCCAAGCUUGAGUACCCCACCUCUCUCUCUUUCACCUCUUUCUACUACCUCCUACUCCUACUUAUUCCAGAAAGCCAUUCCUAAUAUUCUUUCUAGUUGAUUCUACUCUCUCAUCCAGGAUAAGACACAUAAAUUACAAUUUCUCCAGAGCAGGGAAAAAGUCUUUGAUCAACAUAAUGGAUGUUCAAUAAACAGUUGUUAAACUUUAAAAAAAAAUGUAUUAGACGGAGUUCCCAUCAUGGCACA